AUGUCUGGCAAUUUGGAUUCCUUCGUUUCAUCCUCACGGCCACCUCCUGCAGCCUCAGCAACCUCGCAGGAGAUUCGUGACCGCAGUUCGACGUUUGUAGCGACCAUCUACCGAGCCUCUUCUCCCAGGCUGGCCCGAGAAGCCAUCAAUCACCACAAGAACGUGGUUCAUGCGUCCAAGCCUGCUAGCCACGAGAUUGCAGCCUGGAGAUGCAUGGUGCUCAAACCGGGCAAAACUGGGCUCAGUGAAUCGAUUGAAGACGACUUUGAGCUAAGUACCGGGUGGGAUGACGAUGGCGAGCGCUUUGGUGGGGUUAAGAUUCUGAAGACGAUGGAAGCAGAGGGUAUCAUCGAUGCCGUGGUCAUAGUGAGCCGAUGGUACGGAGGCAUUAUGCUAGGCCCAGCGCGAUUUGAGCAUAUGGAAACAUGCACGCGCGAAGUCUCUCGGACGUUCAAGCUCACGGAUGAGUUGGAGGAAACUAUCACCACCAUACGCAGCUUGGACGACAUUCUCGCCGAUUUGCGUCGGGAAUACGCGUCUCUAUCCUCCAGCGAAACGCAAGGCGAAGGGACCACAGAUAACGGCGCUGAGAAGAAGCGCCCAACGGUGGACUAUUCCGCGAUAAUGCAGGAGAAGGACCUGAAGAAGGCGAGGAGACUCAUCACUGCGAGGGAGAACUCUAUCAAAAGCGUCAAGGCCCUCAUAGCGAAGAAGAACCAG